AAGGAGAGAAUAACGUAUGGUCCGCAACUAGAUUCGCACGUGAAUGACUACCGACUACCCCGAACUGACAAACACUCUCCUCCCCAGCGGGCGUCUCGGAGACCUCCGGCCCCGGGACUGCACCCCCCCCCCCCCGGCUCUCAGCGCCCCGCCCCUGCGAGCCGUUCCCAGCUUGGCGCGGGGUCCGUCUAGUUCCAUGCAGGCUCCUGGGAAAGUUGGUGCUGCUGCUGCUGCUUGAUUCCCGCGGACACACCCGGGGACCGGGGCCGGCGCUGGCAGCCGGACAUGGCCGACACCAGGUCGGUGUACGAAACCAGGUUCGAGGCGGCCGUGAAGGUGAUUCAGAGCUUGCCUAAAAAUGGAUCAUUCCAACCAACAAAUGAAAUGAUGCUCAAGUUCUAUAGCUUCUAUAAACAGGCAACUGAAGGACCCUGUAAACUUUCAAGGCCUGGAUUCUGGGAUCCUAUUGGAAGAUAUAAAUGGGAUGCUUGGAGUUCAUUGGGUGAUAUGACUAAAGAAGAAGCCAUGAUCGCUUAUGUUGAAGAAAUGAAAAAGAUCCUUGAAACUAUGCCAAUGACUGAGAAAGUUGAAGAGUUGCUGCGUGUUAUAGGUCCAUUUUAUGAAAUUGUAGAAGACAAAAAGAGUGGCAAGAGUUCUGACUUAACCGCAGAUCUUGGUAAUGUCCUGACUUCUUCAAAUGCCAAACCUGUAAACGGCAAAGCUGAGAGCAGUGACAGUGGAGCAGAGUCGGAGUCAGAGGAGGAGGCGGCCCAGGAAGAAGUGAAAAGAGCACAAAGCAGUGGUGAUAAGGAAAUGAUGAACAAAUCAGCUGAUAAGAAUUUGGAAAUCAUUGUCACCAAUGGCUGUGAUAAGGGUAGUUCUGCUCAGGAUACACAGAAUGACAUCCAUGCUGAUCCCUCCCUGGGUACCAGAAGUACUGAAGAAGUCAAGUCUAUAGAUCAGAGCUUGCAGCAAACUGGAAAAACCACUGCCUGUAUUCACCAAGAUAAAAUUGAUGAUCAUGGAGAAGAUGCUUCAGGAAUUCAUCAUCUGACAAGUGAUUCAGAUAGUGAAGUGUACUGUGACUCUAUGGAGCAGUUUGGACAAGAAGAGUCUUUAGACAACUUUAUGUCAAACAAUGGACGAUAUCAGCAUUACCUGGGUGGUGCUCCCAGCCAGCACUUGGAAAAUGCUGGUUUUCAUGAAGAUGCCCACAUAUCUCUUGGAAAUGGCAACUUUGGGAGUAUGCAGAUGGUAGCUGUUGAAGGAAGAGGUGAAGUAAAGCAUGGAGGAGAAGAUGGCAGAAGUAACAGUGGAGCGCCACAUUGUGAGAAGCGAGGUGGAGAAAAUGAGGACUUCUCUGUCAGAAGAGGGAGAGGGCAUAGAAUGCCACAUUUGGGUGAAGGAGCCAAAGGUCGCCAAGUAGGAAGUGGAGGGGAUGGAGAACGUUGGGGCUCAGAUCGAGGGUCCCGAGGCAGCCUCAAUGAGCAGAUUGCUCUAGUGCUCAUCAGAUUGCAGGAGGACAUGCAGAAUGUCCUUCAGAGACUUCAUAAACUGGAGACACUCACUGCUUCCCAGGCAAAGUUAUCAUUGCAGACAAGUAAUCAGCAUUCCUCCCAGAGACCAUCUUGGUGGCCAUUCGAGAUGUCUCCUGGUGCAUUAACUUUUGCUAUCAUAUGGCCUUUUAUUGCCCAGUGGUUGGUGCAUUUAUAUUAUCAAAGAAGAAGAAGAAAACUAAACUGAAGAAAAUGGCAUUUUACUCAAGAAGACAGCUGGGCCUGGGUGACCUAAGAAAUGAAAUGGAUUGUGGAAUUCACAAAAAAAUCUCAGUUUGUGAUGAUUACAUUUUUUUUUCGUCCAGUAGUUUGGUUUAUAUGCAUACAUAUUCUUUUGCACUACACAAAUGGUAACAUUUUAAGGACUAAUAUUGCUGAUACUUGAACAAUCAAUCUCAACUAAGUUAUAAACAGCAUAUAUAGAUUUACUCUACUUUUGAGGUUGAAGUACAUUAAGUUAUUAAUUACUGUUUAGUAACAUGUUUACCUGAUUAUUUCCUAUAGAGAAAUAUAAGCUGCUUUUCCAAGGCACAAUUGUUGAUUAUGACAUCAGAUUUAUAAGUAUUUUUACUUUUCUAAAUUAAAUAUAAGGCGGAAAACCAGGAAUGAGUUUUAAAUGAGGCUACAUCAAUUUUAUAUGAGUGAUUGAAUUGUCAUGCCAAGUAGUAGAAAGCAGCUGGAAUUCUCCGUGGUCUGCACUUAAAGUCUUGGGCUUUCACAACUCAGAGUCAGUGUUCAGGCAUCAUUAUUGAAAAUUAUUGUCCUGCCAGGUGUGGUGGCCCACGCCUUUAGUCCCAGCACUAGGGAGGUAGAGGCAGGUGGAUCUCUGUAAGUUCGAGGCCAGCUGAGUCUACAUAGUGAGUUUCAGGCCAGCUACAGGGAGACCCUGCCUCAAAAAAAGAAAAAGAAAAAAAAUCAUUGUCCUUUAUACUAGGCUUACUUUGUACAAAUGAAUCACAGAUGUGACCUGCUGAUGGAAAUGAUGAAGAGUGGGCCUAAUGUAGGUUCAAAAGUAUGUGCUGAGCCUACAUAGAUCAUUAAUUAGACGUUAAUUGAAUAUACUUAUUCCUUUGUAAUCAUUUUUUCAGGUAAGGCUACCCAGUGUCUGCUUCCUAGGGUGCUUUGAAAUAAAAAAUGAAAACUUACACUGUUUCUACAAAGAUAACAAAAGAAAGGCAUGAAGACUCCUUUUCUGCAAGUGGUAAACUACAUACAGUCUAGAUUCUUAACCUCUUAGUGCCUCAAUUUUUCCUUUGGGGUAUACUUCACAAGGGUCUUAGAAAGAUUUGCCAGCUUAAAGGCCAUAUAUGUCCACAUGGUUAAGGCAUGCUUAACUAAUAGAAAUUUAAGUUUCUUAAUCCCCUUGUUAGACCAAAAGGAAAAUCCUUGAAGACUGUGUUUGGAAAAUCAUACUUCCUGUAGUUUCCCAAACUACUGCUCACUUACAUACCUUGUGCUUUAAAGAUUUAAUUUAAAAGCUUUAUAGCGAGUAAGUUCUGUCUCCUGUAGCUCAGGCUAGCCUCUAACUUUCUGUUGCUGGGGGUCUGGAACGCCUUAUAUUCCUGCCUCUGCCUCUCAAAUUGCUGGGAUUACAGGCAUGUACCAUGCCUGGCUUUGUGUAGCAAAUAAUUUUAAGGCAUUCUUGAUAUAUGUAAGACCUUGGGUUUGGCACCAACAUUGGAAUGUUUUCAGUAAGAGGGAAAGAAUGACUCCAUCUCUAGUAUGUAGGGCAGUUCUUUGAAGAAAGGAGUAAGAAUAUAAUUUGCUUUUCCCAGACCUUUUUUUCUUUAAUGUAACUUGAUUUUUAAAAUUUUGUAUCACAUCUUGACUGAUUUGUCUAAAAGGAUUUACAAGUACUUGCUUAAAAACAAAACAAAACUCUAUCUUCUACUUAUUUUCAAGAAAAAAAGCAAAUAACUGGAUUAUAUAUAGAAAUAAAGUUGAGACAUGUGGAUCAAGGGUUAUUUUUAAAAAGUAUGUAUGAACUUGGUAUCAGAAAAUGAUGGCUUGUCACUUAUAUAAAUAAAAUGCAAAUUAAGACUGUAACCAGUUGUGAUUCAUUACAAGCACUCAAGGAUAACUAACUCCUAAGGAUAACCGUUUGUAUCUUAUUCCAAAAUCUUACUGUAUAGUUUGAAAGCAGUUUGUACAUAGUUCUUGUAUAUAAAAGAUGUAAUUAUAGGGUAUAGUGGUAAUGCUUUAAAACAGAAACCUCAUUUUAAAAAUUGACAGCUGUGGUUAUUUUUUUAAUGAUCAACUUUUCUGUUUAUUGUAAACCUAAAUUAAAAAUAAAAGG